CCUCUCUUCUUCGGCUCUUCCCUCUCCACUCGUUCCCCUCCCCACCGCCCACAGCCCCACGUCCCUGCCUGACGCCGACGCCGCACGCCGCUAUUGCCCGGGGGCCCAACCGCUCCGUCCGCCCGCACGAACGCCUCUUCCCGCCGCCGCACGGCGCGCGCGUCCCGGCGACUCCUGGGAAUCCACUGCCCUCCUCCGCCGCUCCAGUUCCUCGAUUCUAAACCCCUAGCACAGUGAGCACCACCAGCGGAGCACCGGAUACUCCGGCGGCUUCCCAUUCUUCGCGCAGCUGCGCAUCCCUCUCCGGUCCUCCCCCGCCGCACUAGCACGCUCCGGGUCUUUCACCCCCGCCCCGUUCGCUCUCUGAAGCUUAAUGGUAUUCCUCCUGGCGCUUGACGAACUGGGCGCUGCGGGGGUCACGAAGGGUGUCUGCUGGCCGGCCGGCGGCCGCCCCAAUGAUCGCCCCCUCCUCUGCGCAAUCAUGGCUUAAGGGUGGCAGCGAGAGUCAUCUCGCUAGGGCGAUCUCCUUAGAGUUUCGGUGGGGGCGCUCCAAAAUGAUGUGCUCCAGAAUGAGGUUUAGGAACGCUCUUGGUUCUAGGCUCUUCCGGUGGUGUUCACGUGAUAAACACACGUCCGUGCGGAAGCUGUUGGAGGUGGAUGGGAUAUCAGAGAGAUCAAAGCUCCUCAACAAAGUGCCUGUUUUGAUGGGCUAUAGUAACACACAAUAUUUAAUGGAGCAAGAAAGAGUCCGCAAAGAAUCUUCCACGGAGUUGAUCAGUGUCUUGAAAGAAAUUGAUUUUGCAGAAAUUUCGGCUAAGUUCCCAUGCAUAAAAAUCGGUGACUCAUCACCAAUUGAACUAUAUGAUGAUUCUGCUGGUAUGGAGUGCAAAGAAACCAUGCUUUCUGGAAACCUCACGAAUUUCAUCCUAGAAUCUGGUGGAAAUUUGGAGACAAAUCGUGAAUUUGUUGACAAGUGCCACCCAUCAGGUCCAUCUCCAGCAAACGUAAAUGAUCUUUCAAUCAGUGAAGAGAGUUCUCUCAUCACUCAGCAUAUUUCUGGUGAACCAGCAGUUGAUGGGGAAGUUUUCCCCGAGUCAUUAGCUGAUGCUACAACUGCUGAUGGUAAUGUCUUGGACAAAAGUAAAAGGUGUUUGCCUGGAGAACCGGCAGUUGUUACAGAAGCUUGUCCAGAGUCAUUAGCUGAUGCUACAAGUCCUGAUAAUAAUAUCUUGGACAAAGAUAUAAGGUCCUUGCCUGGAACAACUAGUAAGCAAUAUCGUAAGCUAGAGGACGGUGGUUUCCAUACGAUCCGCAAAUUGCUGCAGCAUUUCCCCAGGACCUAUGCAGAUCUACAAAAUCCUCAAGGUCUAAUAGAAGAUGGGCAGUACAUCAUGUUCUUUGGAACUGUUAUAUCUUCCAAGGGAGUCAGGAUUAGAAGUACUUUAGGUUUCGUUGAGGUUGUUGUUGGUUGUUCAAUAGUUGAGCCCAAGUUAAGCUCUUCAGAUGUGAGUUGUAACUCUGGAGCAGAGCAAAAACAGAGGAUUCAUUUGCACCUCAAGAAGUUUUUCAGUGGCCAACGUUUCUCUUCUCAAUAUUUUCUUAACUGUAUAUCAUCAAAACACAAAGAGGGGGAUAUUGUUUAUGUCAGUGGUAAGGUCAAGAAGGUACUUUCUAGUGGGCAUUAUGAUUUGAAGGAGUACACUAUUGACAAGCUCGAAGAAGAGGAGCAACAAAGUACCCUGCUUGAUAGGAAACCAUAUCCUAUAUAUCCAUCAAAAGCGGGACUGGAAGCACGUUUGCUGGGACAGUCCAUCUCUAGGGCCUUGAAGAUGCUGACUCCAGACAUUGAUCCUAUCCCUCCUGAGGUUCUCACUGAGUUCAACUUGGCAAAUCUGUUUGAUGCUUACAUGGGGAUUCACAAACCUAAGAAUCGAGAUGAAGCUGAUUUUGCUCGCCGAAGGCUUAUAUUCGAUGAUUUCUUUUAUCUCCAGUUGGGGAGACUAUUUCAAAUGCUUGAAGCAGUUGGUACACGGGUUGAGAAGGAAGAAUUGCUAUAUAAGUGUGAAAAUCAUGAGUUAAAUGCUGUUGGUGUUGAUCAGUGGUCUCCUCUGGCCAAUAAAUUGUUGAAGGCUCUUCCUUAUUCACUUACUGCUAGUCAACUAAAUGCUGUUAAAGAGAUUAUAUGGGAUCUCAGAAGACCAGUUCCUAUGAACAGGCUCUUGCAAGGGGAUGUUGGUUGUGGUAAAACUAUAGUUGCUUUCCUAGCAUGUAUGGAGGUUGUUAACUCAGGAUUUCAGGCUGCUUUCAUGGUUCCAACUGAGAUACUUGCUGUACAGCAUUAUGAACACCUAACUUCAUUGCUGGAGAAGUUAGAUGGAGAUGAAUGCAAACCAAAUAUUGCCUUGCUAACUGGUUCAACUUCCACCAGAGAGUCAAGGAUAAUUCGGAAUGGUCUCAAGACUGGAGAAAUAUCAAUGGUCAUUGGAACACACACCUUAAUAGCUGAUAAAACUGACUUUUCAGCUUUACGUAUCUCUGUUAUAGAUGAGCAGCAACGUUUUGGUGUUAUCCAACGAGGAAGGUUCAAUAAUAAGCUGUAUACUUCGUCUUCAAAGCUGAGUGAUGAAAAUACAAGCGCAGAUGUGGCUUCUGAUUCUGAAACAUUUAUGGCUCCCCAUGUUCUUGCUAUGUCAGCUACCCCAAUUCCAAGAACACUGGCUCUUGCUUUAUAUGGGGAUAUGUCUCUUACUCAGAUUACAGAUUUGCCUCCAGGAAGGCAACCCAUAGAAACUCUUGCUCUUGAAGGAAAUGACGCUGGGUUUGAAACUGUUUUCCAGAUGAUGAGGGAUGAGCUUAUGGAUGGGGGCAAAGUGUAUCUCGUUUAUCCUAUCAUAGAAGAAUCAGAGCACCUACCACAACUUCAUGCUGCGAAAGCCGAUUUUGAUUCAAUAAAACAGAAGUUUGAAGGUUAUCCAUGUGGAUUGUUGCAUGGUCGCAUGAAGGGCAACGAGAAGGAUGAAGCUCUGGGCAGUUUUAGAUCCGGGGAAACGCGUAUUCUCCUGGCAACGCAAGUUAUUGAGAUCGGAGUGGAUGUUCCUGAUGCUUCUAUGAUGAUUGUCAUGAAUGCCGAGAGGUUCGGAAUGUCUCAGCUGCACCAGUUACGAGGGCGGGUCGGUCGCGGGGGAAAGAAAUCCAGAUGUGUGUUCCUGUCCUCCACCUCCAGCACAUUGCCAAGGUUGAAGGUGCUUGAAAAUUCAUCCGAUGGGUUCCACCUAGCUAACGCCGACCUGGUGAUGCGUGGCCCUGGCGAUCUACUUGGCAAGAAACAGUCGGGGCAUCUUCCGGAGUUUCCAAUAGCCAGACUGGAGAUUGAUGGGAGUAUUCUGCAAGAAGCCCAUCUUGCUGCGCUGAAAGUUUUGGGAACGAGCAACGACCUAUCGUUGUUUCCACGCCUGAAAGUGGAGCUCAGCAUGAGGCAGCCGCUAUGCCUUCUUGGAGAUUGACCGACCUCUCCUGUUCGUGGAACCGACAAUGCCAUGCGGCCCUGCGAUGACGGCAUGUGCCGUAUAACGGUAUAAGGCAUCCUAGUGUGCAUUGUAUUGAAACUAGUUGUGGUGGCAAAGCUGGCAUGGCCAUAUGUUGUUGGGUGUAGCAACGCUCUAAACCUGUUGAAAGCUGCGUAUAUUGUGCGAUCAAGACAUGGUUAAUGGCGAGAUGGUACUUCUAAUUUAGGCUAAUUUAUGUUUGCAGAGAAA